ACCAGAAUUGCUGGCCAGCACAUUGGAUCUUAGGUAGGUCUAUCUCUUUACAAACGCCAAACAUCACUGCUUACAGCGGUGAUCUGUGCACUCGUCUUUAUUCCGUCCUUUUUCCAAGUCAACAUAAAUUUCGUUUUUGAACACGCUUCCCCACUUUUCGAGCUCGUGCGGUUUUUCAAUUGCUUCGUGUGUCGGGCUUGCUUGGACUGAUUGAUUGGUUUGUCGAGGUUUUGCAGAAUGGCGCCGGCUAUGAUGGAUGCGGUCGUCUUUAAGGGUGUUAGAGAGGUUGCUGUGGAGAGGCGCCCGGUUCCUGCCGUGCUGAAGCCGACGGAUAUUGUGGUUAAGGUGAAGUAUUCCGGACUGUGCGGCAGCGAGCUCCACGUCUACCGCGGCUUGGAAGCAAGCGGUGGCACCGACUUCAUAACCGGACAUGAGUUCACCGGAACGGUCACAGAAAUCGGCUCGGACAUUAAGACCGUGAGCGUUGGCGAUGCGGUCGUCUGCCCUUUUACGAUCAGUUGUGGCAACUGCUUUUACUGCAAGCUGGACCUUUCGUCCCGCUGCAUCGAGUCUAGCUGUUUUGGGUACCCGGGGUUGGAUGGCGGACAGGCGGAAUAUGUCCGCAUCCCCUUUGCCGACUCUUCUGUCUUUAAGUCCCCAGAAGGCAUCAAAGAACAGAACCUCGUCCUUAUGGCCGACAUCUUCCCCACCGGCUACUUCGCCGCCCACAACGGCUUCACUCGCCUCCCACCCCAACAGACCCACGCCGCCGUCGCCGUCGUCAUCGGCUGUGGCCCUGUCGGCAUCUGCGCCCUCGUCGCUGCGCUGCAGUACAAGCCGCAGCGCAUCUUCGCGGUCGACAGCGUGCCUGCGCGCCUGGAGCAGGCGGCCGCGCUGGGCGCGACGCCCAUCAACUUUACGAGCGAGGAUGUCAAGGCCGUAGUUAGCGCGGCGACUGAUGGGCGCGGCGCGGACGUCGUGCUGGAGAUUGUGGGGCUGAGUCGGGCGCUGGAGACGGCGUUUAGCAUUGUGAGACCGUUUGGGGUGGUGAGUUCGGUGGGUGUGCAUAAUGGGGAGAUGCCGUUGAGUGCGAUGGAGGGCUACGAUAAAAACAUUCAGCUGCAGAUGGGUCGCUGCCCAGUGCGCUCGGUGUUUCCGCAGGCGCUGGCAGUGUUGAAGGAAAAUCAGGAGAAUCUGGAGUGCUUGACGAAGAAUAUUAUGCCCUUGUCGCAGGCGCCCGAGGCGUUCAAGAAGUUCGACAACAUGGAGGUGCAGAAAAUCGUGUUCGAGGUUGGGAAAUAAUUGAGCUGGAAGGUAUGAGUGGUACACGGAUAUCUGUCCUAACCACAGAAAUCAACUUUCCCUGCGAUCAGUCAAGAAUUGACAUGAGCG